CAUUACCAGCAAUCCGAGACAUUUUACUCCCGCGGUCCGCGAGGUCAGUAGUUUCUUCAGGUUCUACUGUUCAUGCGCUAUGGCGUCAGAUUUCAUGUAAACAUGGAGCGAAGUAGAUUUCCGCGGAGGAAUCGAGUUGAUUAUAAAGCACUAAAUGUUCUUUCUACAGUGGAUUUAGAAGUUCAUUUGAAAGGAAGGAGAAAAUUUAAAAGCGGAUCUAAAGUUUAUUUUGUGGAGAGACUUAUCAGCCGGCGAAGAUUGAAGAACGAGGUAUGUGUAUUGACCCUUUUAUAAUAAUAAUAAUAAUGAACGUUCUUUAAUACGCAUUUAAGAAUCUCAAUGCGCUUACAAUUUUUUUACUAAGGUUGAGAUCGGACGUCAGCAUAAUCAGGCGCCUCUGGCAGCCGCUUUAGUCCAUGUAACGACCUCACCUUUUCCCCCCCAUCCCACCCCAGGGGAGGACAUCCAUCACACAGUAAUCUCGUGCGUGGGAAAUUAACGUCUCCUACCCCUAACCCUGCAGGAGACGGGACCUCCAUUUAUUCGUCCCUAUCCGAGAAGACUAGAAUAUCUAACCAUUUCUUGAUGUUGAGAAAGGAAGCAUAUUCUUCUCAGUUAAUUUUAAGACCCUGAGUGUUGGUCCGGCCGGUAUUGAACUCUCGACCUCCCGCACAGCAGUUCGGCGCUCUCCCAAUUGAGCUAACCAGGCGGCGGUUUUAUGUUCCUGCAGCUAUAUUUUACUUCGGAUGAAAUUUAUACUACAAUCGAAGUAAGUUCAUAAACAGCUCUAUCUCGCUAUUCGAGAUUCUUGAACGCAUUGCUGUUUUAUAUAAGAAAGAGGAGAUUCAGUGACCUUAAGUUGAAAUUCUAGGGAUUUCUUUUCGAAAUCGAGCAAAACAUCAGACAUUUUUUGACGAUUCAGACUGGAAUGAGCUCACAGUGAUACAAGUUUUGUUUUUUAUAAUUGGCGCGAUUUGGCGCUUGUAGGAGUCUGCAGAUUGUUAAAACAGCGGUAAAAAGCGUGGAAAUGCUAGGCUGCUAAGCUGAAGUAAAUAUGGCGACUUUUUUCACGAAGAAAACGAUGGAAAGUGGUCGUUCUUCGCGUCCUACAGGACAUUCGCGAGCUCAGGUAAAGGUUACGUCUAAUAGUGAAAAAGCCCUAUUUUCAAGAUUGAUUUGCGGCCUCCUAUUUUAUCAUGGAAGGCUUUAUUUAACGUAUUUGAAAGAUCGUAAACUGAAGAAAAUUUUGAGGGUCGGCACCGAUGAAAGCAUGAAACACACGGACAGCUCAAAGCAUGGAAGUGAAGGUAAGUGAAGGUAUUUGGAUGAAACUAUAAAGGAAGUACAACCGAAGAUCUUUGUUAUUUUACCUCUAUUCCGCGGCUCGACGAAUAAACGAAACGGUGAAAAACUUUCGCUUCGUAGUGCAGUUGCAUAUUAUUUAUCAACGAGAGGUCGGCACGUAGAAUUUAAUUUAUUUAAACUGCCAAAAAAUAAGAUUUUAUUUCAGAUCCCAUACAUUUCUUUGUAUCUUCGGGAAGCCAUUUUGAAAGUAAUCUUUGAUUGACGUACGGUAUUUGAGACGCAAUAUGACUCGCAUUGCUGGUAAUGGACAGUUUGUUGCGGUUAGACAAAUCAAAGGAAAAAAAUCAUGCCGUCUUUACCCGCUAAACCUGUGUCUCCUAAGCACUGUAAAAAGAAACAAAAUCGGAGAAAUGUGAUGGGCAUGAGUUUAUUUGACAAAGCAAGAGUGGAAGUCCUUCACUUAAACAUAACUACUGUUGAUAAAAAAGAUGUUGACCUUCGUCUUAAUUUGAUUGAUGAAGUGUUUCUGUUGACUAAAAGGUCAGUUCUGAAGCUGAAAAUAACCCUUCACAUUUAGGUGUCCCUUCCUGACCAAACCGAUUAUCAAAUAUCACAACAAACUCUGACAUGCAACGUGAAGGCCAGACGUAAUCGGCUUCUUGAUUUUGUAAUUUUGUACGAUGCUUUUCCUUCUCGUGCGAUAAUCUUUAAUCUCUAACCCACUUUAAAAAUUGGAUUUAGGAAUUGAACGGCGUUUUAAUUCCCUUAUCUUUUCCACUUUGUCUUCGUAUUCUUUUGAAUGCUUUAUGUUCCUACAUAUACUUUUUAUGGGCGAUCAGUGAAAUGAGGGAAUAUUUUGGCCUGUUCUUCGCAGGGAAGAUUUACACUUGGGUCAGAAGAAAUGAACAAUAUCACCCGCGUGAAUAUUUUUUAUAGCUUGAGAAACAUCAAAAAAUUGUGAUUGCAGGUCCAAAUGUGUAGAUUGUUUUGUGGGUAUCACAUGGAAAACUUAUCCAUUUGUCUUGAUUGAGCUGAAUCAAGAGAACGCAAGAUCUCUUGGCCGAAGAGAUGGAGUAAUAUGGGUUAUUACACAAGCGAUCUCAUCAUGAUGGCGAAAUAGGACUUUGAAGUCUUUCCUUGAUGAGUUUGAACAAAUGUUUGAGAAAAUCGAGUCGAGCCUACGAUUCUGCUGCCUCUGGCUUGAAAAUAUUCGUACAUUAUAGAUUUCACCAUUUUGCAUGUCAUAGUCUUCAGCUCACUUGACUUUCGAGCCAACUGAAAUGUGCGUUUACUAUUUGCAUUUUAAACGACGUAGCUUUAAUGGAACGAAAAAAGUGAGAAAGGAAGAACGUACCCACGAAUGAACUGUUGAACGGUUCAGUUCAGUAUCAAUUCAAGUAAGAUUCCAUGACAGCUUUUAAGACUUUGGUUUCAGUCAAAUUAGCGGAAUAAAUCAUAGGAUCCGGAAAGAGGGAAGGAUGGGCCCAUGCCUGUUCGACGUCUAAGGUCAAUUUUCUAAACAGAAAUUUGUUAUUUUUCUCGUUUGCAACAGGCAGUGGCGUGAGCCUUGUUCACUUAAACCGGCCGUCAUUUAUCAUAGUGGCACGUGCAGGCCCAACUAAUUGACCCAUUGUUUGCAUCGUUACCUUUCGCCGUAAAGUGUUUGAUGUGUACUGAGAUUUAUUCGCUGGCAGAAUGCCUUGGUUAACAGGAAACACUCAAUUCACAAAGUCACAAUUCGUUUUCAAACACAAGCAGAAACAUAGACUGAUUGAAUUGACAACUUCUUGCAAAAUCAUGACAAGAAUGCAACCAUUUCUCUUCCACGGAUGAAGCCGAACAGAAGGAAUGCAUCGUCACUUAAGCAAGAUAGAGCGCGCCUCUUCACUAAAGUUCUUGAUCUUGAGCACAAGGAACGUGACGGAAUGAGAGACUUCGUAAUUUUUGUAAUGCUCAAAGCGGAGCGUUCAAUGCGUUUGCCUUGCUGACUAAACCGAAGGUCACCAGAAAUAUCACAGCUGAACACCAAGGUGCAACGUUCUCGCCAGACUUUCAAUUGAAUACUUUGUUUCAUUUUUUAAUUGCGCCGUCUUAAGAAGUCGUUACCACCUCAGUUAUAAUAGAGUGUGAAUGUAAACAGAAACUCGGUUAGUGACAAAAUUAAGGAUACACAGAGAAACUGCCCCAUAUAAAGAAAGAAACUGAAAGGGAAAUCCAAAGACCAGUAACAAUGACAAUCAUAUGCUGCCGACAACGGCAAUGUUUAAGGCGAUUCACAGAAAUGGUUAACCCUUUAACCCCUAAGACGGACAAGCAUGUAAUUUCUCCCAACAGUAUCAUCUCUGAAUUACACAUUAAGGUCAUGAGAAUAAAGAAGAUGAUCACCAAAAUUUAGAAGCUCUUGAUUGUUAAAUGAAUUCUCCUUGUCAGCACCUUAGAAAUUGUAUCGAGAACAGUAUGGAGAAUGUGCAUAUACUGAGUUUGGGGUGUAAGGGGUAACUGUUAACUAUCGUUUUUCUUUAUGAGGGCUGUCAGACUUAUACUGAAUUGAGAUAAACUCACUUAACAAAUCGGACACAUUUUUAUUUUGUUUUACACAAAUUGAUUACAUGAAAGUGUCGACUUCUAAGCGUCUACAUGUGAAGAUCGAACUAAGCCUUCUUUGAACUGUGUCUCAGGUUGCUCUAAUUAUCAAGAGGCUGUCCUUUCGCCCUCAAGCCUGCUUGUGUAAAACAGCAAUACCAUCUUCCAUUCACAAUCCCUGGUUAAAAAAUAUUUUAACUGAUCAGUAAAAGCGAAGCAAAGAAGUCGUUGAACAAAUCUUAAUGAUCCUAUAACUACUCAACUUUAUAAGAAGGAUAACUUAAGAAGCGUGAAAUGCAAAGUCAAUUUUACCUUCCUGCUAUUAUGAGUUUUUUCAACAUCGGACGCAACACUUUACGUCGGGAAAUACUAAAAGAGCAAGCCUGAUUGAUUCUUACGGUCAUUUCUUCAUAAUGCAUAUUUCUUUAACUGACACCAUCUCUAGCUACUAAAUCAUAAACUUAAAAUGUCGUACUUGUAACAGUUUAUCAGUGGCUAUGAUUGCAUAUGUGACGUGAGAAAUAACUUCAUAAAUAUCAAUUAUCGAAGAAUAAUCAGUUCCUCAUUGAAGCUGAAUAAAAUAAGGAUAAGAUCUGAAUAACAAACCUAAUGUGCGUUUCUCUCUGGAGAAGCGACCAUUAUUAUAGGUUUUCUCUAUGUGAGCUCUUUGGUCUCUUGCCUUCCAGUCGUUCCACCAAGCAAUUAUUGCCUCGUUUUCAUAAUAAUAAUCAGAGAUACUGUCCAAGGCUAAGAAUAUUAAAAAUAAAUGCGUAGAUAAGAAACUUGAAAAGUUAAUAAAAUAUUGACUUUAUCUUUUCAGAAUACUGCAAUCAUUCGUUUAAAGCAAUUCAAGAUAUAUCACUCUGUGGAGUAGUACUGUUUUCAAAGCUAACUAUUUCGGACUCUCCUGUAACUCGAACUUGAAGCCUCGUUCCAAAGCUUUCUCAGCAAUUUUGUUCUGAUUUGACCUGGUCACUAACUCAAACAACAAGAGUCUUUCUCACAAGGUUACCCCUUUAACUCGAAGUAGCAUCAAGCGAGAGUAAAUAAAACAAAUGUUUAUUACGAGUCUCCAUCCCCAUAAUGGCAUGGAAUGCUCUGUUGCCUUAGUAAAAUUCCACCUGCCUCGAAUGGCAUCUAUUUAGACUCGCCGCAACCACCAGAAAUCUUUGCGAUUUGACAUUGUUGUUGCGGUAUUUCUACUCAGUAUCUGAAAUGAACCUGUCAAUCCAGUAUCUUAAUGAGUAUUCGAUAUUUAUAUGGGAAUGAAAUCCCGGACAGCAACUGUGUUACUCGAGCAACUAUCAACAUUUUGUUAAGCUUCCAUAUAAAAAAACACUCCGAGGAAUCUAAUUUGCAAUCUUCCACUAUACUGAGCACCAACCUUUCGUUCCAGUUUCUAUCGCCUGGUUUAGAACUGCGAGUCCUGCUUGAGCUCCUGCCAUAAUGACACUUCUCUAUUUCCCAAUAGUUCUUACAAAUAAGUCUAUUGAAAAGAUUGUCCAGUGUAAUAAAUUUCUGAAUCAAUGCCUGCAACGCACUAAAUUAGUACAAAAGGGAUGUGUUUUUACACCAGAAAUGUGGCGAAGGGUUGUGUUGGGUGAAGGAUGAAAGUAUAGUCAAGAGCAGCCUAAUGCCUGUGUCUGCCAUUUAUAAGACGAGCAAGUUAGGAGUAGUACUCGAAAAUAAAAAUUAUUGCAAAGCAAAAAAUGGGCCUAACCUUUUACAGCGUCUCGAGUGACCUCCGAAUGAUUUAGCGAAGUAAGCCGUUCGUGGCUUAUAAACUUUCAAUCAGGAACUAGAUGUCAACAUGUCAAUCAAAUCAAAGAUGGUAAUAAAUGAUCGCCGAAAAUGAAGAAUGGGUGGGCCCAUGCCUGUUCGAUGUUUAAGGUGAUCUUUGAAAACAGGAAAUUGUAUACUAAAAUAGGAACGGGAAAAAAGAAAUACAAUACUAAGAUUCCACUUAAAACUAAAUCAAUCAAAACAAGAUUCUCUGUGCCAGCUCUACUGUGCUACGUGACUUUUCUUAUUUUUGAGUAGUUUUAUAUUUAGUGAAGAGUUGUUCUCAUAGAAAUGAUUGUGAAGAUCACCCAAACACUUUGGUAUUUCCAUCGGUUUUAGAUGUUUAGUCAAAGUACAAAGAACAAUUGCUGGGCAAGUCUUCGGUGAAAACAAAUCUAAUGAAUUUGCCUGUUAGGACUGGCCACUGCAAAACAAUGGCAUAUUCCUCUAAUUGAUAAUAUUGAUUUGGCUUUGUAUGUCGUACUGAUUGACAGAACUCAAUAACAUUCUUCUAGAAACAUUUAUUUCCUCAUUGGAGCGGAUGAACUGAAAUGUGAAUCAUUUCUUAAAAUAGUUGGAAAUUAUGCAAUGAAGGGCCGGCUUGUACUUGCUUUAUGGUGCAGUUAGAUGAGCGGGCAGGUAUUCCGGCUGAAUAAUCCCCUUGCAAAAGUUCAAGACGUUCUUCACGAUUGCAACACGGAUAAAAUCUUCGGAGGGCUUGGUAUGUUAGCUACAGCAAAAUCUUGUAUGUUUCAGCCGCAUGCAUGGUCACAUGUUAUUAUUGAGUGCUGUCUGCAGUCAGUGAAACGACAAUCGUUCUCUCAGGUACACAAGAUUUUAAGACAGAAUGAAAAGAAAAGAGCGCAAGACUCGCACGCCGGUGAUCUCUGGUUUAAGUCCUGAGCCACGCCUGUACAGAGUGCAGAGCAACAAGGGCUGGCAAUUUUCUUCUGGAUUCCUUCAAACUGCAAACUUGAGCCAAAAAUGAGUAAAGGGUCAUACGAUUUUAGCGGUUACAUCUCGAGCUCACUACCUGAUAUAACAAUUACUUGUUUACUAUAGUCACAGCGCGAAACUAUUUCAAGUAAAUAUAAUUGGAGUGAGGUGUACUUGGCCAUAAGGAGCCAAUUUUUUAAAAUUUUUGUAGCAAGAAUGACGGCUCCAAUUGAGGAUAUUUUGCAGAUAAUAUAUCGCAAGUGUGAUCCAAACCCAAUCUCUUAAUGAACAUUUUCUUUAGUAAUCAACAGUCAGCCAAUCGAGAAAAUGUAAAAAGAGAAACUUCAGCGUAUGCAGUUAUCACGAGCCAACCAGGUAAAUGUUUCUGAUCUCAGGAAUAAAAGAGUCACUUCUAGGAAUACUAUUGUGUGUUUCUUAUUCUUGCCGUCGCUGUCUCUGUUGCCAGCGCCAAUUCAUUAUUGCGCGAUUAAUUAGAGAGAGCCACUUUAACUUAAACUGCAACAUUUUUCAAAUCAAUAAUAAGAUUACAAAAGGGCUUGCUUGACGUUAUAUCGGGUUCCCGGCGACUAAUUGCGGUCGAGCCAACGUUUUAUAGCAUAAACACUUUGAAAGGUAAAAUGACACUAAGAGUGAUAAUUCUCAGAAAUUAACCCAACGACAGUUUUUUGUGGUUAGACAAAUCAAAGGGAAAAAAACAUGCCGUCUUUACCCGCUAAACCAAUGUCUCCUAAGCAGUGUAAAAAGAAACAAAAUCCGAGAAAUGUGAUGGGUAUGAGUUUAUUUGACAAAGCAAGAGUGGAACUCCUUCACUUAAACAUAACUACUGUUGAUAAGAAAGAUGUUGACCUUCGUCAUAAUUUGAUUGAUGAAGUGUUUCUGUUGACUAAAAGGUCAGUUCCAAGCUGAAAAUAACCCUUCACAUUUAGGUGUCCCUUCCUGACUAAACCGAUUAUCAAAUAUCACAACAAACUCUGACAUGCAACGUGAAGGCCAGACGUAAUCGGCUUCUUGAUUUUGUAAUUUUGUACGAUGCUUUUCCUUCUCGUGCGAUAAUCUUUAAUCUCUAACCCACUUUAAAAAUUGGAUUUAGGAAUUGAACGGCGUUUUAAUUCCCUUAUCUUUUCCACUUUGUCUUCGUAUUCUUUUGAAUGCUUUAUGUUCCUACAUAUGCUUUUUGUGGGCGAUCAGUGAAAUGAGGGAAUAUUUUGGCCUGUUCUUCGCAGGGAAGAUUUACACUUGGGUCAGAAGAAAUGAGCAAUAUCGCCCGCCUGAAUAAUUUUAUAGUUUGAGAAACAUCAAAAAUUGUGAUUGCAGGUCCAAAUGUGUAGAUUGUUUUGUGGGUAUCACGUGGAAAACUUAUCCAUUUGUCUUGAUUGAGCUGAAUCAAGAGAACGCAAGUUCUCUUGGCCGAAGAGAUGGAGUAAUAUGGGUUAUUACGCAAGCGAUCUCAUCAUGAUGGCGAAAUAGGACUUUGAAGUCUUUCCAUUAUGAGUUUGAACAAAUGUUUGAGAAAAUCGAGUCGAGCCUACGAUUCUGCUGCCUCUGGCUUGAGAAUAUUCGUACAUUAUAGAUUUCACCAUUUUGCAUGUCAUAGUCUUCAGCUCACUUGACUUUCGGGCCAACUGAACUGUGCGUUUACUAUUUGCAUUUUAAACGACGUAGCUUUAAUGGAACGAAAAAAGUGAGAAUGGAAGAACGUACCCACGAAUGAAUUGUUGAACGGCUCAGUUCAGUAUCAAUUCAAGUAAGAUUCCAUGAAAGCUUUUAAGACUUUGGUUUCAGUCAAAUUAGCGGAAUAAAUCACAGGAUCCGGAAAGAGGGAAGGAUGGGCCCAUGCCUGUUCGACGUCUGAGGUCAUUUUUGGAAACAGGAAUUCGUUAUUUUUCCCUUUUGCAACAGGCAGUGGCGUGAGCCUUGUUCACUUAAACCGGCCGUCAUUUAUCAUAGUGGCACGUGCAGGCCCAACUAAUUGACCCAUUGUUUGCAUCGUUACCUUUCGCCGUAAAGUGUUUGAUGUGUACUGAGAUUUAUUCGCUGGCAGAAUGCCUUGGUUAACAGGAAACACUCAGAAUGAAUGCAUCGUCACUUAAGCAAGAUAGAGCGCGCCUCUUCACCAAAGUUCUUGAUCUUGAGCACAAGGAACGUGACGGAAUGAGAGACUUCGUAAUUUUUGUAAUGCUCAAAGCGGAGCGUUCAAUGUCGUUUGCCUUGCUGACUAAACCGAAGGUCACCAGAAAUAUCACAGUUGAACACUAAGGUGCAACUUGCUCGCCAGACGUUCAAUUGAAUGCUUUGUUUCAUUUUUUAAUCGCGCCGUCUUAAGAAGUCGUUACCACCUCAGUUAUAAUAGAGUGUGAAUGUAAACAGAAACUCGGUUAAUGACAAAAUUAAGGAUACACAGAGAAACUGCCCCAUAUAAAGAAAGAGACUGAAAGGGAAAUCCAAAGACCAGUAACAAUGACAAUCAUAUGCUGCCGACAACGGCAAUGUUUAAGGCGAUUCACAGAAAUGGUUAACCCUUUAACCCCUAAGACGGACAAGCAUGUAAUUUCUCCCAACAGUAUCACCCCUGAAUUACACAUUAAGGUCAUGAGAAUAAAGAAGAUGAUCACCAAAAUUUAGAAGCUCUUGAUUGUUAAAUGAAUUCUCCUUGUCAGUACCCUAGAAAUUGUAUCGAGAACUGUACGGAGAAUGUGCAUAUACUGAGUUUGGGGCGUAAGGGGUAACCGUUAAUUAUCGUUUUUCUGUAUGAGGGCUGUCAGACUUAUACCUGAUUGAGAUAAACUCACUUAACAAAUCGGACACAUUUUUAUUUUGUUUUACACAAAUUGAUUACAUGAAGGUGUCGACUUCUCAGCGUCUACAUGUGAAGAUCGAACUAAGCCUUCUUUGAGCUGUGUCUCAGGUUGCUCUAAUUAUCAAGAGGCUGUCCUUUCGCCCUCAAGCCUGCUUGUGUAAAACAGCAAUACCAUCUUCCAUUCACAAUCCCUAGUUAAAAAAUAUUUUAACUGAUCAGUAAAAGCGAAGCAAAGAAGUCGUUGAACAAAUCUUAAUGAUCCUAUAACUACUCAACUUUAUAAGAAGGAUAACUUAAGAAGCGUGAAAUGCAAAGUCAAUUUUACCUUCCUGCUAUUAUGAGUUUUUUCAACAUCGGACGCAACACUUUACGUCGGGAAAUACUAAAAGGAGCGAGCCUGAUUGAUUCUUACGGUCGUUUCUUCAUAAUGCAUAUUUCUUUAACUGACACCAUCUCUAGCUACUAAAUCAUAAACUUAAAAUGUCGUACUUGUAACAGUUUAUCAGUGGCUAUGAUUGCAUAUGUGACGUGAGAAAUAACUUCAUAAAUAUCAAUUAUCGAAGAAUGAUCAGUUCCUCAUUGAAGCUGAACAAAAUAAGGAUAAGAUCUAAAUAACAAACCUAAUGUGCGUUUUUCUCUGGAGAAGCGACCAUUAUUAUAGGUUUUCUCUAUGUGAGCUCUUUGGUCUCUUGCCUUCCAGUCGUUCCACCAAGCAAUUAUUGCCUCGUUCUCAUAAUAAUAAUCAGAGAUACUGUCCAAGGCUAAGAAUAUUAAAAAUAAAUGCGUAGAUAAGAAACUUGAAAAGUUAAUAAAAUAUUGACGUUAUCUUUUCAGAAUACCGCAAUCAUUCGUUUAAAGCAAUUCAAGAUAUAUCACUUUGUGGAGUAGUACUGUUUUCAAAGCUAACUAUUUCGAGCUCUCCUGUAACUCGAACUUGAAGCCUCGUUCCAAAGCUUUCUCAGCAAUUUUGUUCUGAUUUGACCUGGUCACUAACUCAAACAACAAGAGUCUUUCUCACAAGGUUACCCCUUUAACUCGAAGUAGCAUCAAGCGAGAGCAAAUAAAACAAAUGUUUAUUACGAGUCUCCAUUUCCAUAAUGGCAUGGAAUGCUCUGUAGCUUUAGUAAAAUUCCACCUGCCUCGAAUGGCAUCUAUUUAGACUCGCCGCAACCACUAGAAAUCUUUGCGAUUUGACAUUGUUGUUGCGGUAUUUCUACUCAGUACCUGAAAUGAACCUGUCAAUCCAGUAUCUUAAUAGGUAUUCGAUAUUUAUAUGGGAAUGAAAUCCCGGACAGCAACUGUGUUACUCGAGCAACUAUCAACAUUGUGUUAAGCUUCCAUAUAAAAAGACACUCCGAGGAAUCUAAUUUGCAAUCUUCCACUAUACUGAGCACCAACCUUUCGUUCCAGUUUCUAUCGCCUGGUUUAGAACUGCGAGUCCUGCUUGAGCUCCUGCCAUAAUGACUGUUCUCUAUUUCCCAAUACUUCUUACAAAUAAGUCUAUUAAAAAGAUUGUCCAGUGUAAUAAAUUUCUGAAUCAAUACCUGCAACGCACUAAAUUAUUACAAAAGGGAUGUGUUUUUACAACAGAAAUGCGGCGAAGGGUUGUGUUGGGUAAAGGAUGAAAGUAAUAGUCAAGAGCAGCCUGAUGCUUUUGUCUAUCAUUUGAAAGACGAGCAAGUUAGGAGUAGUACUCAAAACUAAAAAUUAUUACAAAGUAAAAAAUGGGUCUUACCUUUUACCGUGUCUCAAGUAACCACUGAAUGUUUUAGCGAAGUAAGCCUUUCGUGGCUUAUAAACUUUCAAUCAGGAUCUAGAUGUCAAGAUGCCAAUCAAAUCAAAGAUUGUAAUAAAUGAUCGCCGAAAAUGAAGAAUGGGUGGGCCCAUGCCUGUUCGAUGUUUAAGGUGAUCUUUGAAAACAGGAAAUUGUAUACUAAAAUAGAAACGGGAAAGAAGAAUUAAAAUACUAAGAUUCCACUGAAAACUAGAUCAAGAAAAACAAGAUGCUUUGUGCCAGCUCAACUGUGCAACGAGACUUUUGUUAUUUAUGAGCAGUUUUAUAUUUAGUGAAGAGUUGUUCUCUAAGAAAUUAUAGUGAAGAUCACUUAAACACUGGUAUUUCCAUCGAUUUUAGAUGUUUUGUGAAAGUACAAAGAACAAUUGCUGGGUAAGUCCCUAGUGAAAACAAAUCUAAUGAAUUUGCUUGUUAGGACUGGCGACUGCAAAACAAUGGCAUAUUCCUCUAAUUGAUAAUAUUGAUUUUUCUUUGUAUGUCGUACUGAUUGACAGAACUCAAUAACAUCCUUCUAGAAACAUUUAUUUCCUCAUUGGAGCGGAUGAACUGAAAUGUGAAUCAUUUCUUAAAAUAGAUGGAAAUUAUGCAAUGAAGGGCCGGAAUGUACGACGUUGUAUCGGGUUCCCGGCGACUAAUUGCGGUCGAGCCAACAAUAACCUUUCAAAUUUACGUGUGCCUUCCUGACUUAACCGAUUGUCAAAUAUCACAACAAACUCUGAAAUGCAACGUGAAGGCCAGACGUUCAAUCGUUUGCUUUGUUGCAUUUUGUUUCUUAUAAUUGGCUGCUUGAUUUUGUUCUUUCGUGCUAUGCUUUUCCUUGUCGUGCGAUAAUCUUCAAUCUCUACCCCACGUUAAAAAUUGGAUUUAGGAAUUGAACAGCGUUUUAAUUCCCUCAUCUUUUCCACUUUGUCUUCGCAUUCUUUUGAAUGCUUUAUAUUCCUACAUAUACUUUUUGUGGGCGAUCAGUGAAAUGAGGGAAUAUUUUGGCCUGUUCUUCGCAGGGAAGAUUUACACUUGGGUCAGAAAAAAUGAACAAUAUCGCCCGCGUGAAUAUUUUUGUAGUUUGAGAAACAUCAGCUCAACUGUGCGACGAGACUUUUUUAUUUAUGAGCAAUUUUAUAUUUAGUGAAGAUUUGUUCUCUAAGAAAUUAUCGUGAAGAUCACUUAAGCACUUUGGUUUUUCCAUCCCCUUAAGAUGUCAAAGUACAAAGACAAUUGCCGGGUAAGUCCUUGGUGAAAACAAAUCUAAUGAAUUUGCUUGUUAGGACUGGCCACUGCAAAACAAUUGCAUAUUCGUCUAAUUGAUUAUAUUGAUUUUGCUUUGUAUGUCAUACUAAUUGACAGAACUCAAUAACAUCCCUCUGGGAACAUUUAUUUCCUCAUUGGAGCGGAUUAAAUGAUGAAUCAUUUCUUAAAAUAGAUGGAAAUUAUGCAAUGAAGGGCCGGCUUGUACUUGCUAUAUAGUGCAGUUUGAUGAGCGGGCAGGUAUUCCGGCUGAACAAUCCCCCUGAAAAAGUUCAAGACAUUCUUCACGAUCGCAACAUGGAUAAAAUCUUUAAAGGGCUUGGUAUGUUAGCUACAGCAAAGUCUUGUAUCUUUCAGCUGCAUGCAUGGUCACAUGUUAUUAUUGAGUGCUGUCCGCGGUCAAUGAAACGACAAUCAUUUUCUUAGGUACACAAGAUUAUACGAUGAAAUGAAAGAAAAGAACACAAGACUCGCGCACUUAUGGUCUCUAGUUUACGUCCUGAGCCACGCUUGUACAGAGUAUUUAUCGAGAUACUUUGAACUUGAAAUAUUCGUUCCAUUUGAAAACUUUAGUUGAUUUUGUACCGAAAAAUUUUUGCAGGUGUUGUAACUGGAAAAUUUUACAACAUACAUCAGGAUUGGUCAAAGGCCCCAGAAUGGGUGAAGGAACAUUACAAGAUUGAGGAGCAACAACAUUGUGGUGAUAUUAGUGAGUAAAGCACUACUGGUUUAUCUUGUUUAGGUAAAAACAUCUAUCAUCAGAGCGUUAAAAGUUAAGUUGCUGAGGCGCUAGCACCCAAACAGAUUUGUUUUUCUGCCCACCAAUGACUUCUUAACCUAAAUAGUAAAUGUAAAUUUAUUAUUUGAUUGGCAUAACUUAGCUUUUGAAUGUCUUAAAUUCAGCCACUAUUCCACAAGGCGCUGUGAAGGGAGUGGUUGAGGCGGUCGGUGUAUUUGCCAAGGAAAAUCCACACGACGCAGCUCUGAUGGGUAAGAAGAUCGCCCAGACUGUAGGAGUUACAGAGCAACAAGGGUUGGCGUUUUCUUCUGGAUUCCUUCAAACUGCAAACUUGAGCCAAAAAUGAGUAAAGGGUCAUACGAUUUCAGCGGUUACAUCUCGAGCUCACUACCUGAUAUAACAACUAUUUGUUUACUAUAGUCACAGUGCGAAACUUUUGCAAGUAAAAAUAAAUGGAUUGAAGUGUAUUAGCCAUAAGGAGCCAAAUUUUAAUUUUUGAAACAAGAAUCUCGGCACCAAUUUAGGAUAUUUUGCAGAUAAUAUAUCGAAAGUGUAAUGCAAACCCAAUCUCUUAAUGAACACUUUCUUUAGUAAUCAACAGUCAGCCAAACGAGAAAAUUUAAAAAA